GACAUGGGGGAAACCGAGGAGAUGGAAGCUGCAGGGUGAAGAUGUGAAACGCGCAGGACAACGGAUCCUACUUCACCUUCGUCAUCUCCUGAGGGGUCACUCUGGCCGAGAGGACAGUCCUGCGAACUGAGAGAUGCGUACUCGCCGCUGGCAACUAAGGUAUAUACCACCUGGGCAAUGAAAACAGCGUUUGAUACCCUGGAGCCUCUCACAAUAACAGUCCGCUUCAUUGUCCCCCGAGAUUUCAUCACUAUGGUUGCGGCUACUCAGCGAACACGGUUCACUCGAACAUACGGUGGUUUACGCUCUGGUGGUCUUUGGACUCUCUCAUCCAUUCUUUCACUGCAGAGGAUCUGGUUCAUUCUGCUCAUUCACUCAACCUCACUCGAUCACGCUCACUCGAUCACUCACUCGCACUCGCCCACCCAUCCUCACUUGCUCAGCCUCACUCACUCACCCUCUCUAAUCCACUCUCUCCAACUCACCCUCUCCAACCCACCCUAUCCGACACAUCCUCUCCGACACACCCUCACCCUCACUCACUCACUCUUACCCACUCAACAUCUUUCUUCCGCCGCCGGACGAAUCUCUUGUCUCUUUUCUUGCAUCUCUCUCACGACCCACUCUCACGAACUCACCCUACAUCUCCUUCCACUGCUCUUGACAGAGGCAGCCGACAACCCGCCCGUCCGUCGGCACUGCCUUCCGAUCGUCAGGGCCUGGAACACACUCAUCACCAUGGACGACUCUCCACUCAAUCUGUUACCACCCGAACUCCGGAACAACAUCUACAAGCUCGUUCUUUCCACCGGCGACAUCCAUGUAUCGGCUCGCACGACAGUUCAACAGGACGUUCCUAUUAGCUGCGCAUCUUACACAUCCGAACUUACGGUACACCAAAACGAUGAAGUUGAGUGGAUGAUACGUAACCGAUUCGACCAGCCAUCGAUGACAACCAUCGUCAAUCGUUAUACUACAGUGGUAACAGCAUCUGCUACUUAUGCGCUGCUCAUGACCUGCAAACAAGUCUAUGCCGAGAGCAAGGGGUACCGAAGUCGCGAACUCGGGAAUCAUGUCCUGCAUUUCGACCUGGGAGUUUCCCCUUUUGCGGGUAUGCGGACAGACACUUACGAGGAGAAGCAAGCCGCCUGGAAGCUGCAGCGUCAUCACGAUGCAGCGUCGGCAAGAGCAUUGAAGAAAUGGGUUAACGAUGCGCUGCGUAACUCAGCUUCGCACCCCGGGUCUGUCAUCAUCGACUUCGGGGUUUAUCGCACUGAGCUUGGCAGCAAAUAUGUUGUCUUGGGCAUGACGCCUGAUGAGACCCUCCAUGCAAUCACUUCCGUGUUCUCCGAGACGCCAGUAGCUUGCUUUCUGACCUUCCGCAUCGUCUGACCUGGCGCGCUAAAGAAGUACGGAAUGUGUGAGCUACUCGUUCCUUGUUUCGAUCUGGAAGCUGCGGAGACCACUAUCACCACGACUCUAGGCGCAACACGACAAGCGAUCAAGAAUGCGGUUCGUCGCGGAGAGAUGAGCAGGACGGAGUUCACCACUGCAUUCGCCCAUGUCUACACCAUGUAUUCUUCGAUUCCGCGUGAGGUGCUAUCGACCUUGUCUCGUUUGAACACGAGAAUGAGACAAGGAGCUUGAUCUACCCC